AUGCCCAAAGUCAAGCCCCAGAAGCGCAAUAAUGCGCAUGCUGAUGCGGCCGCAAAGACCCAGGCGGCUCACAGUAUCUUCAAGAUGAACACAGAUAUCGGUCAACACGUUUUGAAAAACCCCGGUAUUGCAGAGCAAAUUGUCAACAAAGCCGACCUCAAGCAAAGUGAUAUCGUCCUCGAAAUCGGUCCCGGAACUGGAAACUUGACGGCAAAGAUCUUGGAGCAAGCAAAGAAGGUCAUCGCGGUGGAAUUGGAUCCUCGAAUGGCGGCUGAAGUCACCAAGCGUUUCCAGGGUACUCCUGCUCAGAAGCGUCUGGAGGUGAUUCUUGGAGAUGUCAUGAAGACUGAACUUCCAUACUUCGAUGUCUGCAUUAGCAACACACCCUACCAGAUUUCUUCUCCCCUUACAUUCAAGCUAUUGGCUACACUGCCUGCUCCUCGCACAUGCGUUCUCAUGUUCCAACGUGAAUUCGCUUUGCGUCUGUUUGCUAAGCCCGGUGACAAACUCUACAGUCGACUUUCUGUCAACGCGCAAAUGUGGGCGAAGAUUGAUCACAUUAUGAAGGUCGGUAAAAACAACUUCAAACCUCCACCCUUGGUCGAGUCCAGUGUCAUUCGCAUGGUUCCCAAGGUCCCUCGACCACAAAUCAACUAUGAGGAAUGGGAUGGUCUCUUGCGCAUUGCAUUCGUUCGUAAGAACAAGACAUUGCGAGCCAGUUUCCUCGGUACCACCAGUGUCAUGACUUUGCUGGAGGCGAAUUACCGGACCUGGUGUGCCCAGCACGAUAUCCCAGUGGAGGACGGUCCCGUUGAAGAUGCCGACGGUGACACCAUGGAUAUGGGUCAAGAACAAGAGAUGGAGGAAGGAGCGGACGAGGUCAUGGAAAUGGACGACGAUGAUGAUGUCCCAGAUUUCUUCAAAGAGGAGACCAAUGCUCGUCUCCAGCAAGCACUCAACACCAAAACUCCGCGAAAGAAGCGCGGGAAGGUUGGCGAGUUGGUGCGCGAAAAGGUGCGCCAGGUUUUGGAAGAUGAAACUUGUCUGGCCGACAAGCGCGCAAGAAUGUGUGAUGAGAACGAAUUUUUGAAAAUGCUGUGGGCCUUCAACCAAAAGGGAAUCCAUUUCAACUGA